AUGAUGAGCGUCGGGUCCCGGGAUGCUUCGGUUCGCGAAGCCAAAGUCUUCGCCAAGGAAGUCGUUCGUAAUGAUUGGGACUUCGAAGUCGGUGUUCCCCCCGCCUCAUCCGCCGAUGGCAGCCUUUGCCACAAUCGCGAAGUGUGCGAAUGGCGAGUCCGCGAAUUCGACAGCUCAACCUCAGAACUCGAACCGCAGACCUCGGACAGCGAAGAUGAGCCCGUGACCACAGGUGGCCAACAGACCGAUAUCGAGCGCCGCCGCAAACGCCGUCGGCAGAUGGACGAUGAGAUGGCGUGGAAUGAGGGACUGCGUGUGUGGAUGGCCAGGCGCAAUGCAUGGUCUGGCGCAAAGACUCAGAGGCAGAUUCGAACCGAGGAGGAAAAGCGCGCGUUGGCUGGUGUGCAGACAGAUACGACAGAUCAGUCGGAUGGCUUGGAGGGAGCAACUGGGGCGUCUUCCGCGACAACGCCAUCCACGACCUUCACCGGCUCUGUGACCGGGAGCUCUGCUGAUUUGGCCACUCGGACGGAGACUUCGCUAGCAAUUGUGGACCGGGAGAAGAGCGAGGAGCUCCAGCACCGCGCGGACUUGACUUCCGGACAACAAGGAGAUCAAGAGGAAGAGCAAUCCACCGCACCAGACGAAGAGACCAAAGGAAAAGCAUCGUCAGAAACCAACAUUACUGAGCCAGAUGCAUCGGAUCGUCUACCCGGCUUGACUUCAUUCCCAGCUGUUGAAGACCAGACAGAAGAGGAGAAGGAAAUCGAAGAGCUCGAUGAGCCGCUUGUUCCUGUGGCACCGCCUUUCAUUCCAGAUACCAACCCGGUGCGCGCAACCAUCGUACCUUCAAUCUACCCGUCCAUCUAUUCAAAAGUUGUCGUCCAAGGAAUGACCCCAACGAUGCCUGUCAACCUGGCGCAUCUUACCAAAGCCAUGGUUCAGGGCUGGAAAGCCGACGGACAGUGGCCUCCCAAGCCGGCGGUUACAUCAAUUGUCCUUACCGACAAUGCAACUGUCCCCAAGAAGCCCGAGGAGCGUCAAGAAGCACCCACCGGCAGGCGCAAGAACAGCAUCACCAACGCCGUGAAAAAGGUGUUUCACUUUGGACAUCCAUUCCAUCGCCGUGGAUCCCAAAGCCAGGAUGCGGGCAAUGGUGCUUAG